CGCGAGGUGACGUCACUACUAGGCGCGGCGCGGUGCUGCCAUGGCGGCGGCAGAGGAGGCGGAGGCCGCGGCGCCGCCGCAGAAGCGCUUCUACCGGCAGCGCGCGCACUCGAACCCGCUGGCCGACCACACCCUGUGCUACCCCUCCCGCCCGCAGGACAUGGACUGGGCCUCGCUCUUCCCGACGUUCUUCCCGCCCGACGCCCCCCCCGGGACCCCCCCGGCCCGCGUGGAGUUCGCAGACGUGGGGUGCGGCUACGGGGGGCUGCUGGUGGCGCUGGCCGAGCGCUUCCCGCAGACGCUGGCGCUGGGGCUGGAGCUGCGCGGGAAGGUGGCCGCGUUCACCCGCGCGCGGAUCCGGGCGCUGCGGGCGGCGCAGCCCGGCCGCUUCGGCAACGUGGCCUGCGUCAGGGGCAACGCCAUGAAACACCUGCCCCACUUCUUCCGCCGCGCACAGCUCUCCAAGCUGUUCUUCCUGUUCCCUGACCCCCAUUUCAAGCGCACCAAGCACAAGUGGAGAAUCAUCAGCCCGGCCAUGCUGGCCGAGUACGGCUACGUGCUGCGCCCCGGGGGCCUGGUGUACACGGUGACAGACGUGCCCGAGCUGCACCAGUGGAUGCUGCAGCAUUUUGGGGAGCACCCCCUGUUUGAGCCCCUGCCCCCCGCCCAGCUGGCCGCGGACCCGCUGCUGCCGCUGCUGCCGGCCGUGACCGAGGAGGGGCAGAGGGCGCGGCGGGCCGGGCGCCCCCCCUGCACCGCCGUGUUCCGCCGCCGCCCCGACCCCCCCGCGGCGGCGCCGUGAGCGCGGGGAGGGGCCGGACCCCUCCCUGCCCCAGCCCCGCUUUGUAAUAAAAGCCACAAAAUGUC